AACGAGACCGGUUACAGUAGGAUUGGCAACUCCACCCCCGACCGCUUCACACCUUUACCCUAGACCAAGAAGGCGCAGCGGAAGACCUAGACCUAGGAUUAACUUGACUGACUCACUCUCAAACCAUUCAUCUUUUGUCUUUCCUCUAUCUAUUAUUCAUUAUCUACCAUAUUCAUCAUCUCCAUCAUCUCCAUCAUCAUCUUCACCCAUAACAAAAUUAAGUAAAAACAAGAAUAAUAACAUCCCCAACCCAAUCAAUCAUGAGAGUUCCCCUCCACCCCUCCACCAUGUCUUCCGAGCCCCCCACCACCAAUACCCUCGCAGACCGCAUGAAGCAAUACGAGCUCGCCUCCGAGACCACCCUCCCCACCACCUCUCCUCUCAUCCUGCGGCUCGACGGCCACAACUUCUCGCGCUUCACCGCGCACCCGCACUUCUCGCGGCCCUUCGACCAGCGGAUCCACGACGCCAUGGUGUCGACGUGCACGGACCUACUCCUAACCUUCUUCCCGCGCGCCAGCGUCGCGUACACGCAGUCCGACGAGAUCACCGUCGUCUUCCCGGAGGGCGGCGUGCAGCUGUUCAACGACCGCGUGCAGAAGCUGUCCUCGCUGGCCGCGAGCUACUGCACGGUGCGGUUCAACGCGCACCUCGCCGCGGCGCUGGUGCGGGGUAGCGGACUGGGCUUCGGGCCGGGCGGGGACGACGCGAUUUUCGGGACGGCGCACUUCGACGCGCGGUUCUUCGCCGUGCCGAGCGUCGAGGAGGCGCUGAACUGUCUGCUGUGGCGGUGUCGCGGCGAUGCCAUUAGGAAUAGCAUCAGUGCGUUUGCGCGGACGAUGUUCAGCGCGGCCGAGAUGCACGGCAGGACGAGCGCUGAGCUGGUAUCCAUGAUGCGGCGGGAACGGAACAUCAUUUACGAGGAGCGCGUGCCGAGGUGGGCUCUUGAGGGAUCCAUCAUCAAACGAGAGCUGUACCAGCACGAGGGCAGGAACCCUCAGACGGGACAGCUGAUGACGACGACGAGGACCCGUACGAGGAUCGAGGACAGAGGGGUCAAGGAGUUUUCUACGGAAAAUCUGAGGAUAGUCACAACGAGAUUCUGGAAUGACCUCGAUUUCCCCGAACCUCCUAGACUCCCUAGACCUGCUAUCCCAGGGCCUGCAGUUUCUAGAGAACUUUCUAGGGAAAUUCAUAUUCCUAGGGAGAUGCCUAGGGAAACCUCUGGGGAAAUGUCUAGGGAAAUUCCUACACAUGUCCAUAGGCAUGUUGAUAACAGCUCUAUUUUUACAGCAAAUACUACAAUCUUCGGCCCCAACGUUUACGUGUUCGACCCGAGUAUGCCGGCGUCUGAGAUUCAAGGUAGAGCAACGGCUAUAUUCAAAGAGAUGGAGGCUAAUGAGUUUGGCAAAGAACGCUACGCGAUUCUCUUUAAGCCUGGUACCUACAAUGUAUUAUUCGACGUAGGCUUCUACACGCAAGUGGCGGGACUGGGCCAAACCCCGGACGAUGUGCUCAUCGAAGGUGGCGUCAAUGUACCGGCUUACUGGAUGCCUAACCGAAAUGCCACAUGUAAUUUCUGGCGAGCAUACGAGAACUUCUCGGUCAAUGCCUCGGACGCUACCAACAAGACCACAACCAUAGCAGUCUCGCAGGCAGCGCCAUUACGGCGCAUGCACGUGCGGAGUGAGGGAGGCCUUUGGCUAUUUCAGGUGGACCCAAGCACGGGCGCCGGAGGAUGGGCGUCUGGAGGAUUCAUGGCAGACUCGGUUGUGGAUAACCAGGUGCUUCCAGGCUCGCAGCAGCAAUGGCUGUCGCGAAAUAACCGAUAUGGAAGCUGGGCCAAUGCCGUGUGGAAUAUGGUAUUCGUCGGCGACUCCAGCCCGCCUAGCCAAGACAACUUCCCAGCAUCCGCCUACACUACCAUAGACCAGACACCUAUUAUCCGUGAGAAGCCUUACCUUCGAAUCACCGGCCAGGGUCAAUAUGAGGUUUUUGUACCUGCAUUGCAAACUAACACCCGCGGGCCGAGCUGGGUUGAUGGCUCCUCAACGCCGGGGAAAGCCAUCCCCAUUGAGCAAUUUCACAUUGCCCACCCAUCAACAGCAAACGCAGCCAGUAUAAACUCGGCUUUAGAUUCUGGAAAGCAUAUUAUUCUUACGCCGGGCGUUUACAAACUAGACAAUACAUUGCGUGUUUCUCGGCCUGAUACUAUAGUUCUUGGUCUCGGGUUACCGUCACUUAUACCGGUUAAUGGCCAACCAGUGCUGUCUGUUGGCGACGUAGACGGUGUUACACUUGCGGGUCUCAUAAUCGAUGCGAGCGAGAUCAACUCGCCGACACUUGUCGAAGUAGGGCCUCCGAAUAGCUCAGCAGACCAUGCGUCAAAUCCAACGUUUCUCUAUGACCUGACGGUGCGGACUGCUGGCCAUACUAAAAACGACGUGGGUAUCACCAUCAACAGUCGCAACGUGAUCGGGGACCAACUGUGGUUAUGGCGCGCAGAUCAUGGCGACGGCGCAACCUGGGAAACCAAUCCAACUAGGAACGGCGUGGUAGUCAACGGUGAUAAUGUGACAAUAUACGGCUUGUUCAACGAGCACCACAAGGAAUACCAGACGCUCUGGAACGGGAAUGGCGGCCGCUUGUACUUCUACCAGUCCGAAAUCCCGUAUGACCCGCCGAACCAGGAGUCAUGGAUGAGUAGGGGCAAGAACGGGAUAGCCAACGGGUACGCCUCGUACAAGGUAGCCGACACCGUGACAACACACGAGGCGUGGGGGCUAGGUAUAUAUUCGUAUUUCCGGGACUCUCCCUCAAAGCUGGAGAAUGCUAUCGAAGUCCCCGAGGUCGAGGGUGUCAGACUGCACCAUCUGACGAACGUAUGGCUUACGGGCAUGUCGGGUAGUGAGAUUACGCACAUUGUGAAUGGUCUCGGUGACCGUGUGUAUGCAAACAAGCCCGAGUCUGCGAUGCGCCAGACUAUGAAAGAGUUUUCAGGCGGCCGCCGCGCAUAAUUCAUUUUGAUAAUGCUGUAGGUUUUCUCCAUCCAAUACCCACCGUGUGCCCAUCCAGAGGCACAACCUGACAGAAAUUAUGGGGAACCGAGUACUCCUCCAUAUGGGGUGCUAUAGUUGAAUUCUGGAACCACGGCCUUAAGGAGUUCAAUAUUGGUGCAGUACGGGACGAGACGGGACGAGACGACUUGUAAUUGCUGUGUUGGACAGAGAUGUUGGAAGGGUCGGGGAUAUUUCAACCCAUAUACAAUCUAGUGGGGUUGUGCACGAGAAAGCAACGCUUGUUCCUUGGGACUCUAUUUCGAGGGAAUGAGGGCACGGAUCAUAUGACAUGGUAUUGUUAACUCCGAUGCGGUAACGGUCAAAUAAGAACUGUUGCUGACAUUUGACUCCAGGCUCGAACCGUGCCCGUAGAUGUAUGUGCCCUAAAAUGUGGGCAGACGAUCCCCGCAGCCCCGGAGUUACCCAUGAGGUUUCCCAUCCAAUGUCAGACUGGAGUGGGCUGGUGGGAUGUUGCAUUACUGCAUGCACGUCUCCGCGCUAGGACGGACCCUAGAGGCUCAACUCUGUACGUGUACAAGAACGGAUUUGUUUCGGGCAAUGUGUGUCUACUGCGCCAGAGAAGGGGUUUUCUUUUCUCCCUGUUUACUUAGCCUAACCUAAAUAAACACGUGAAAUUUAGUCUUUG